GAUGCUAGUAAAGGCGGCGCUGUCGAUUUUCGACUGAUGGAGGUCAGACCAGAAUAUUCGCGCGCGGUAACGGCCUGGUGACAGUGAGCUGAAAUUGACGGCAGCACUUGUAAGAGAAACAGCCCAUUGUAAUUCGGGUAGUGCUUUUGUUGCAGACGGGUUAGCAGCCUUCACUUCCGAUGGAGGCACCUGUGCCGUCGUAGGCCUGUUGAAUAAAAGCACUUGUUGUCUCUGUACAGUUGGAUGCGUAACAACUUUCAAACGAAAGUUGAAGCAAAUGUAAAUUCUGUCUUUUCUACAACAGCAUUGUGCUUCACUUUGACAAGCGAUGAAAUGUAACUGUGAUUGCGAGCAAAGAAUAUAAUUUAUGUUGAUCUACUAUAGAAGAAAAUAGAAAAGUUUUGUUUGUGUUUGAGUGGACACUAGCCCCAUCAUGGGCGAACAAGUAGCACAUGUCUGGUUGUAUAGGGUACAUCAGAUUAAAUAUGCUCCGAUCUGACCUAGGACGAUUCGUGCAGUGCGUGCAUCAAGUACAUAUGGCCAGUUACGUGUCAGUGAAAGCGACCUAUGCUACAUAUAUAUAUAUGUUUAUAAGCAAACGAAUUUGACGCAUGAUGCCUAUUAUUGCUUUUGUAAUUGAACUGGUAAACUACGUCUAAUUUCAUCCAGGAAUUCCACCAUAAUAAUUCUUAAGAGUAUAAGCAAGAAGGUAAACGUUAAUCCUCAAGGAAUCAAGCAAAACCUACGCAAUGGAUUGGACAGAGAAUGUCAAAGACGAAAUGCGCCAUCUACGUGGCACAGACUUUGGCGAACCCUCUGCACGACUCGCCGACCUCUGACCCUUCAAAGUCCAGUCUCAUAUCGACUAUUGCAAGCCCGCUAAAGAGUUCCAAAUUAGCUGACUCAUUGGCUCGGGAGCGGGAACGUCUUUAUGUUAGCACCGAUGGAAAGCGAACGUUUGAUAGGGAUGAAGACCUACCGUCGCUGCUGGUCCCCGAUCUCGAAAGAACCCUUGAAAGGUACCUGGAUUCAGUUUUACCGCACACAACCCCCGAGGAAUUUGAGAACACAAAACGCAUCUGCCAGCGCUUUGCCAAAGGACAAGGCGCUCAUCUCCAAAACUUGUUACUCGAACGUGCCAAGGAAGAGCGCAAUUGGCUUGAUACGUGGUGGCGUGACGUAGCGUAUCUUCGCAGCCGAGUUCCUCUUAUACCGCAAUGCAAUAUGGCGGGCACGUUUGGCUUGUUCGAAUUCGCUCGCCGAUACCCUGGUCCAAGGUGGGAAUACGCCGCCAAAGGCCUGUUCCAUUACAUGGGAUUUUGGCAUCUCAUUCGAACGGAGAAGCUUAAGCAGCAGAAUUUUCGAAACAUACCCUGGAGUAUGGAACAAUUUCGCAGGGCAUUUAACACCGUCAGGGUUCCUCAGCAGGAAAUGGACGACCUUCGGGUUUACUUUCGCACAGAAGCGGAGCAGUUUGACACUCCAACGAAUGUCAUUGUGUUAUGUCGGGGUCACAUUUUCUCGAUAGAGAUGUGUGACUCCCAAAAAAUACCACUUACCGCAGCCGAAAUUGCGAUCGGUCUAGAAAAGAUUGAGAAGUACUGCUCGACACAGCCCCGGGGGAAAGGCGUUGGAGCUCUCACCUGUCAAGAACGUGAACAGUGGGCAGCCGAUAGGCAACACCUUAUUGACCUCUCAAAGGGAAACGAAGAAAAACUUAAGUAUGGGGUGAUUGAGGAAUCGUUGAUGGUUUGCGUAUUAGAUGAAACGUCCCCAGUAACACGGUCCGAAAUUAUGACCGAGUCGCUAGCUGGUCGAUGUGCCGAUCGUUGGGCCGAUAAAGGAUUAGAGAUUAUCUUCUUUGCGAACUUAAAUGUUGGAACUAAUUCUGAUCACACGCCGGUUGAUGGAAUGGUACCCAUAUGCCUCGCACACUGGGCUCACUUAUCGACGCUUAUAGACGACCUCAAUCGACAGCCUAUGGGACCUGUCAGACCUGCCAACUUGAAGGAACCUGUUUAUAUUGAUUUCCAACUUGACGAUGAACUCGAGAUGAGUCUUGUCCGAGCUCGAACCGAAUAUGAGAAAGCUGCCGCUAAAAUCGACGUCAAUGUCCAGGAGUUCAAAGGUUACGGGAAGGACUUCCUUAAAACGUCACAGAUCCAUCCCGAAGCGUUCAUCCAAAUUGCGCUGCAGGCCGCUUAUAUACUGCUGCAUGGGAAGCCUGCACCGACGUACUGCACGGCUUCUACUCGAGGUUUUUAUCGAGGCCGAACAGAAACCUGCAGGUCGUGCUCACAAGAGGUAGUUAGUUUUUCGAACGCGCUCAUUGCUAAGAAAUCAGUGGCAGAAUUGGGACUCCUACUAAGUAAAGCCGUCGCGAAGUUCAACUUGACGAUGUUCGAGUGUAUCCAUGCCAACGGUUGUGAUCGGCACUUGAUGGGUCUCGCCAUUUUGGCAUGGCUGGAGAGUAACGGUGAAGACAUGCCCGAGAUUUUCACCGAUCCCUCCUUUGAGCGCAGUGGAGGAAAUGGCAAAUUCGUGUUAAGCACUUCUCUAAAUGGAUUCACUCCGCUUGUUGGUGGCGUCGUACCGAUGGUGGAACAUGGUUAUGGGUGCUUUUACAGCUUUGAGAAGGAUCAAAUCAUCAUCAAUCUUAUCGCCUACAAGGAUCGUGGAACAUGCACGAAGAAAUUCUAUCAAGCCCUUGUAGAUACCUUCGAAAAUAUGAAACCACUGCUUACGCAAUCGAGACUAUAAAAUAUCGGACUGGUAAUGAUAAAGCAAGAGCGCAACUGGAAUAGACAAAUUAUGUACAAAUAAUGAACGCUGGUGACAUCUCUACAAACCCAAUAUGGUGACUGUACUACUGGCGAAGACGUAUUAGUACAAUUUACGAAGCUACUAGGUAGAUUUAAUCAUUUACUUUAAAGCAGCUUAAGAACGGCAUUGAACAAACCGUCUAGAGCGAUACAACGAUAUACCUUUCCUUGUCCAUGCUUGCGGUCAUUGCUAGUCUGAAAUAGUCGUAGCAAGCUGAAGGAAUUCUAAUGACGAGAUCUUGUAAGCCCGCUUUUUUCAAAAACAAGGCGAAUACAUUAAUGUCUCUGGCUUCAUCUGAUCGACACGCGACAGCAGUACAUAAAAAGUUGACAUGGAUUAUAUUAAUAUUUGACUUGCCACCUACCACUGAUUUUCGUGGUGCGACGUCUCAAAGUGAGAGAAACAUUAACUAUAAUAAUGCAUAGUUAUAUCAACAACGACUCGUACACAGUGUUAUAAAAAAAUCCGCCAAUUUUUUAGUAGCUUUAUUAUUUCACCAUUGGUGAAACCGAAGGUCAUUUAUCUUGACAUCAACUUUUGGACACUUUAUGAAUGAUGACGGCCAAAAUGCAUAGUGAAUAAAAAUUUAUUUUCACGCAAUCACCGUAAAUACGUAGCUUAUACGUAUUCUUUCUAGACAAAUCUCUUAUAGAAAAGCUUUAUAGUUGAAUUCAACACAAAACCUACGACUGCACUGGUCAAUGUGCUGAUUUCCAGUAGGGCAGUAUCGAAAAAAAACGGUGUUGGUAGGUUUAUUGUUAAGGAUACGUUUCGAUCCCUCGAAGGUGAGGUUCCCUUCCCAGGUACCAAUGGCUCCAAAAUAUCGACAUAAAUAGCUAUGAAUAGUUGGCGGUUGUCAGUAAAACAUUCGAUCUGACGUUGUGUUCCUGGGCUCUAGUAUAUAACUCUCUCGUCACUAUUUCCCGUCAAGGUUUUAUACAAUAGAGUCUCCGUUAAAUAUAUUAAUUAAUGUAAUCAUGCGUAUUACUCGUUAGUACGCUCUUCACAAGCGUACUAACAAGCUUUUUCACUGGAGAAGAGCAUCUUGAAACUUAAUUUCCGCAAUAUUUAUUUUAGAAUUAGAAUUUCAUAUUUAUUACUCUCGGCCGUCGUGUUAUAUAUAUAAAACAUUUUGUUCUGCUACUGCCGUCUCCUACCAGAUAUAAAGCACCCACCAAAUGGCGUUGGAUUAUUGCAAAAAUUUGUUUUAAUCCGCAUAUUUAUUCGUCGUCGUCUUGUUUCGCUUUACUUUUCAUCAUAGCUUUCAUCAUGAACUUGUUUUUACAUUGCAGCACGCUCGACUUGGUCACUAACGGUGAUCGCAAUAAAACUUCGAUUAAAUAUGAGUAAAAUAACAAUUUUUGCAGCUCUGGUUGAAUGCUAUAAAAAAGGCGAACUAUGACAAAACAAGACUUCAUAUACAAAAUAGAAUAGUUCAGACAGCCCGAACAUCUGGGUGUCCUUUGUUGGUACAUAAUAACAGUCGCAUGCAACGUUAGUCGUUAUUAGUCGACAGGUUAUGAUGUAAUCAUAACUUCAGGCAGUGUAGCGGCAUCGCUUCGUUUAGUUCUUCAUGUGCCAACUAAAACAGUAUCAUUUCAUAUUUAACUACAGAUUUAACUCUUUUUUUUUAAGUAAAGAAAUGAGUUGUUUUACUUACGCUAGUGCAUCAAGAAUAUUCAUACGGAUGUCUCCACCAUAUAUAUAUAUAUAAAGAUUAUCAAAUAUCUCAGU